AAACAUACUUUUGCAGAGUAUGGGACACGAUGUUUUGAAAUCCUGUGAAUUGGUGAAUGUGUUAUAUAUUAUAAGUAGUGCAUGGAACUCAUUUUUUAAAGUUUAUGGGAUGUGAAGACCACUGUUAAACCUAACAAAGCCUGCUAGAAUCAAUGGCGUCACAGGACCAUCAUCACAACCAUGAACACGAUGAUGAUCACCACCACCGUGCCCAUGGACACGACCACUCUCACGGUGAUUCAUCGUGGGUGGGCCCAGACGGGAAGGUGUACCACAGCCACGAUGGACUCGCACCCCAUUCACACGAACCCAUCUACUCACCUGGCUACUUCACCAGAAGAGCACCUCCUAUCUUCACCAGGGAUUUCAAUGAAAGAGCUUUCACUAUUGGUAUUGGUGGCCCUGUUGGUACUGGGAAAACAGCUUUGAUGUUGGCUUUGUGUCAAAUCUUGCGGGAUAAGUACAGUCUUGCCGCAGUGACAAAUGAUAUAUUUACAAAAGAGGAUGGUGAAUUCUUGGUAAAACAUGGAGCACUUCCUGAGGAAAGGAUACGAGCUGUGGAAACUGGUGGCUGCCCGCAUGCUGCUAUUCGUGAAGACAUUAGCAUCAAUCUUGGCCCUCUUGAAGAGCUCUCUAACUUGUACAAAGCAGAUAUCCUUCUCUGUGAAUCUGGGGGAGAUAAUUUGGCUGCCAACUUCAGCAGAGAACUUGCCGACUAUAUCAUCUACAUAAUUGAUGUGUCUGGAGGUGAUAAAAUACCUCGAAAAGGAGGCCCAGGCAUUACACAAGCUGACCUCCUUGUCAUAAAUAAGACUGACCUUGCACCAGCAGUUGGAGCUGAUCUGGCGGUGAUGGAGCGGGAUGCCCUACGGAUGAGGGAUGGAGGACCAUUUGUUUUUGCUCAGGUGAAGCAUGGCAAGGGUGUAGAGGAAAUUGUCAACCACAUCUUACAGGCUUGGGAAGUAGCAACUGGAAAGAAGAGACACUGAAUGAACGUUCUUUCCAGACCUUCCUUCGUUGGCUCUGAUUGUGCCUCACUUCAGAUUUUAAUUGAUGCUAUUGUAGCAAGUGUUGGUAGUGCCCUUUGUGCCUGAAUUUAGCUGUAAACAUGGCUUGCUUAGUUGAACCUCUUUGUGUUGGUCCAGUGGUUUCUUGAUUUUGCUAGUUUAUCAAUAAUUUGUUGCCAUUGAAUGAGUGGAAGAUGGCAUGGAUGAGGAUUCUGAGGGGCCUUUUUCCAUUGUAACUUGCUACACAAAUAAAAUAUCCCCAGAUGCAAUCUAAACUUUUAUUUAGGAA